GCGUAGAAUUGAAUAUUGCACUCUGUCAUUUUUAAAUAAUCAUUUUAUUUUAUUGUAAACAUAUUUAUUUUUCAAAAUAAGUAAGGAAUAUUUUGAAUGCAUGUAAAUGAGACAUUCCAUAAUAUCUAUUGGUGACGCCAUAAGUUGUGAAAUAGUGAAAUACUAGUGUGCGCGGGAAAUGUAACCAUAUCUAAUGUUCCCCCCUUCUAUUGAACAGUUAUAUAGUGAUUAACAGCAAAAUAUUUAGGCGUCAUGAUGAUAUCUCAAAGAGUUCGUGAGUCUAGAAGAUCUAGGCUACCAAAAAUGUCUAAAAAUAUCGAAAGAUUGUAUAGAGAAGGAAAAUGUCGUGAAUGUGCAGUUGUUGUGACUCGCAUGGACUUUGCCAGGAUACUAGGAAAAUUUACCAAAGUAAAAAUUCAGUAUGAAAGCAACUCUACUCCCAAAACGAAAAAGCUCGAGGUAACAUCUCCAAACUCUAAUAAAAGAUUGAAAAGCAAUGAGAAUGGUAUGGUGCUAAUUCAUAGGACUGCAUACAAUCAGCAUCCUGUUAAAGAACUUUUAAGCCCUAAAAAGGUUAGAAUUAAUGAAACGCCCGUUUCGAAACAAUCAAGUAACGUAUUAAAGGAGAAUAAUAGACUAAAGAAAACACCAGUAGUUAAGGACAGAAAUUCCAACCUAAAUAUAUAUCCAUAUAAUGGCCAAAAAAGAAAAAAUACAUCACAAUUUAAACAAUAUGGUAUAAUAUUUGUAGACCCUUCAAAUAAUAAUAGUAAAAAAGAGAAGAAUCAUGUAACAUUGUCAGCACUGCUGCCAACCAUCAACAAGAACAUUCUUCCAUCAGAGGAAUGGUGCAUAGAAUAUUUACCAAAGCCUGAGGAACCAACAGAUGACAAAGUGUAUGAUAGAAUAGCCGCUGAGCUUGAGGAUCUCAUGUACAAUGAGACACCCGAAGUUAAACAGGAUAAAAAGUCAGGUCUUAAUAAUAAUAAAGUUGAUGACUUUCCUUCUAUAAUGGACAUUCUUAAUGACAAUUCAAGUGACAAUGAUAAACAGAGUGACCAAAGCAGUUCUGUAGAAUUUAAGUCAAGCUUAGAGUCUAGUGAUGUGGAAGCUAUGCUUUUAGGCAAAACGGAUCCUAAAUUGCAGAAAUCUACACCUAUGGAGGUAGAUACAGCAGAUAUGAGUAAUUUAAUUGAAGAUGUAGCCCAGUUAAAUGCUAUUCAUGAUACAGAUAACUCUGAAAAUAAUACAAAAGAUAACCUGGAGCCAGCUAUAGCGCCACAAGCUCCGGUUAUAGAUGAGAUUGAAAAUCCACAUAGUCCUUCAAUACUGGAUGAAGCUUUGCAAAAGGGAAUUGAAGAGCAUUUACCAGUGGUUUGUGAGGAGCCAGAACCACUAAAUACAAGUAAAACAGACACUGACAAUUCCGAUAAUAAAACUACAGUGAACUCAGAUGAUGUUCCACAGACAUCAAAAACAAAUAAAGAACUAGAUGGUGUACAGGAAAAGCAAAUUAAAGUAGAAAAUGUGAGUGAUAAGAAAAAUAAACCAGAAAAUGGUUUAUUGCCUAAAGUUGAUGUUACUCAUGCUAUAUUUAAAAAGAGUAUAAAUGGAACAUGUUCCAAAUCAGUUACUUGUCCUAAAAACCUAAAGUAUGUUAUUGAAUUAGAUGGCAAAGCUGUUGAAUUUUUAGGUGCACCAAAAUUUAUAUCAAGUUUAGAGGAUCUCCAAGUGUUGCUGCAAAUUGUUAAUGACACUGAACUAAACAGUCCAUAUGUUUUAUAUUAGCAG